ACGUCAAGGAGGUUCUGGACAAGGCUCGUGCGAAGCAGGCUUGACUCGCUCGCGCUUCGGCGGCGGACGCCGAGGCCGUCCGUGCAAGACUGUAGGAGAGGACAGUAGACAAACUCUUAUUGCGAACCAUUUGUAGGCAACAUGCAUCUCCUCGUGUACUUGUACGACUGGGCGGCUGGGGAUGCUGAGAGCUGAGGGACAUGACCCGGCGGAGUGUCAGCCAUGGGGCGAGUCAAUCUCACAGCGGAGAGCACGAUGGUCCACGUUACGCUCGCCGAGGGCGGGACGUAGAGCCACGUCAUGCUGGCCUAACAGGAUCGAUAGAUUAGUUGUGCGUGGGAGAUUGGAUGACGAUCAGAAGCAGCAGCCGCCAUCGCAACACUGCGAUGCCGCGCAGAUCCGUUCACUCCCGUCCUGCAGCGCUGCAGGCCCGAAGCUCUGCGGCGAUGGCGAAAUCCGCGUGGCCGCAUAUCGCAUAUCGAGGGUUGCUUGGUCGACGCCACGCAGCCCUUCAAGCCCCCGCCUCGACACCCUUGAAGGGUCGAGAGAGAACUGCGCCAUGGGCGCGUGUCAGCGUGGUGGAGAGCUGGAGGAGAUGCUGCAGGUGCUACUAAUCCAUCAAGUCAGGCAGGUUCUCAGCAUGGUUACCGUGAUUGACAUCCGCGGCUGUGAUGAAUGGGGGAAAAUGGGCAUGGGCAGCUCGUGCUGGGCAAUAUGAACAUUUGAAUGAGAUCAAACGCAGCCACGAGCAAUUGAGCGGCUGAUGGCAGCUGAGUGUGGGAUCAUCAUUCCUCGCACAUCGUCCUGGCAUUUGAAACGGAA